UCAUCUCGACAUCUGUGGAGUCCAUUAGAAAUCUCUACCUUCCCACCGCUCUCUCUCUCUCUCACGCACAGUCGAAGUAAUGGCUCUGCAACUAUGGGAGACUCUCAAGGAGUCAAUUACAGCCUACACGGGUCUUUCUCCGGCAACUUUCUUUACAAUUUUGGCUCUGAUGUGGGCCGUAUACUAUGUGGUGUCGGGGUUUUUUGAGUCGCCUGGUCAACAUCAUCAAGAGAGGUCCAGAAACUUCGAGGAGCAGAUGGAGCCCUUGCCGCCUCCUGUCCAGCUCGGCGAGGUCACCGAGGAGGACCUUAAGCAGUACGAUGGCUCCGAUCCUAAGAAGCCCUUGCUCAUGGCUAUUAAGGGCCAGAUCUAUGAUGUUUCACAGAGCAGGGUGUUCUAUGGACCUGGUGGGCCUUAUGCAUUGUUUGCUGGGAAGGAUGCAAGUAGAGCACUCGCUAAGAUGUCUUUUGAAGACCAAGACUUGACUGGGGAUAUCUCUGGUCUUGGUCCAUUUGAAUUGGAGGCUUUGCAGGACUGGGAAUACAAGUUCAUGAGCAAGUAUGUUAAGGUUGGAACUAUUAAGAAGGACGAUCUAGUCGCUGAUGGAGCCUCUUCGGAAGAACCUGCAGCCCCUACAGAACAUGAUGUGGCUAAGCCUGCAGAACAUGAUGCCGCCAAGCCUUCUGAGAAUGGACCGUCAGAAGCUGCAACCGCUGGAGCUGAGGAGACUGCUUCUGCUAGUGAUGUUAAAGAGGAGUAAUUGCUUAGAUCAAAGUCGUGGGUUCUUGAUCUAGUUUCACAUAUAUUAAGCUUUUUUGUCUAGAAUACUCAGCUCACUUGCUACCUUUGGUGUUAAUUUGCUAUAUAAUAAAUUGGCAUGUUAAGCUCGGGCUAUUUAGGUUUGGACGACAGUUGUUUUCUUAGUUUCGCUUUUGUAUUACAUUAUGGAUUGCUUUAUGGAAUGAUUGAAAAAUUCUGGCCAUGCUUCAUUAGCA